AUGGUUGGGAGAGGAUCAAGGUUCGUACAAGAACCACUACAUGUUUCUGAUACCAGUCUCUGCCAUGGUCAGCGUAUCGUUUUCCUUCGAGACUCUGCUUCCUCAAGCCGUUCAGCCAUGUUCACUCCUGCGUUGACUGCUUCUGAGGCUCAAUUUACCCUGUUCCCAUCCCCUUCACUGUCACUGCCGGCUAUCGCGCACACCACUCUCGUCCACGCAGUACGGCGAGAUGAUUCCUCGGAAGUCUUGACAAACGAUCAGACCUGUGGCUACACGAGUGGUGCGUGGUCUUCUGCUGUGACCUGCGGUCCACAGGCAUCUUGCACAUACUAUGCGGUCCCGAAUGCUCCGAACUUCGGCUGCUGCACCGAUGGUCAGGGCUGUGAUUAUGUUUCGACAUGUCUGGACUAUGGAGCAAAAGGAAACAUCAACACUUAUGCUGGUGUUGGACUCGGCAACCAGAAGUUCAUGUGUGGCUCGUUAAUUCCGUACUGCUCGACUCUUGUUCUCUAUGGCCAGACAUAUGGUCCUGGAUCCACUCAAUCUUACUAUUAUUACAGCUGUCAAGCAACGACUGCUCCACCCGUCAUUGCGUUCCAGACAACUUUCGACGAAAGAGACGCUGCUGCCAGUUCGACAACUGCCUCAACAUCGCCCACUACAAUAAAUCCUUCAUCGAGUCCUACCACUUCUACCACAUCAUCGAGUAGCUUGAAUUUAUCGAGCACUAUCAACAGCGUUCCAAACUCUUCGCAACCGACUCAGACAGCAUCAUCAGACGCAACGAAUCCGACCAAGUCAGAUGGCACUUCGACCUCAUCGAAUCUUCCAUCCUCGUCCAUCGCAAUGCCUUCAGCAACUUCGACCCAUCAAACAUCGUCCACCGGUCUCUCCCAAACUUCCCAAAUCGGCACCGCAGUCGGUGCAAGCAUCGGAGUGUGUAUACUCCUCGCUUCCCUUGCCUUCUGGUUCUACCGUCAUCGCAAAGCAAAAGCAGACAGGAAAUGGCUCAAUCAGCCUCCUCAAAGUUUUGAUGUCUAUCCUCAACACAUGGACAGCACCAAAUCAGCAUUUCCGUUCGACUAUAGAUCGACUUCUCAACGGACAAACUUCUCAGGGAAGUCGGAAGGAGGGAUGCAGACAAUAUACGAGCUUUCUACCACUGGUGGAACGCAUGAGCUUUCUUCUACUGGUAGAAUGUAUGAGCUGCCCGCUAAUCACUGA